AUGGCAUACAACGGCCCGUACGAAGGCGGAGGGCGCGGUGGACGUCCUUAUCCACCUGGGCAGGGCCCUCAAAGACCCCCCCCGCAGCGUCAAUACCCUCCCGCGCCCGGUGAGCCUCAACAAUUCAACGCGCCGCCGCCGCAACAGCAGCAGCAGCAACAAUACGACCAAGAUCAGUAUCAGGACGGCUAUGGCUAUGCCCUAGAAGGUUAUGGAAAUGGCUACGGCCAGGGCCCUUCGAGGCAAUACGACAACAACACGAACUACCCCCCAAGGGGAGCGCCUCCGAAUCCAGACUACCCAGAGUACUACGACCCUGGCCCGAUGCCUCCGAACGGCCCCGGACCUGGACCUGCGCGGGGAGGGAGGCUACCGAUGCUCGGAGGAAGGGGAGGUCUUAUGAGAUCUCCCCCUGUCGAGGGCGGCUGGGGAGGUCUAUACUCUCCUCGGGGCGGCGGAUAUCCUCCUGGGCCUCCGCGCGGCUAUCCUCCCCAAGGUCGAGGUGGCCGGCCAGGCCCUAUGGAACGGUCUGCAGGCUCCGAUCCAGUUGCAAAUCGAAGGCCCCCGAUGAAUGGUCCUGGUCCUGGCCCCAUGCCCCAAAGUGAACCCGGAUUUGGCGGCGGUUCUUUUCCCACGUUUCCCGGCACGCAGCGGAGGACAGAUCUAGCUCAGGAGCAGGACAUCGUGGCCCAGAUGGGCAAUAUGGACAUAUCCGGCCAGAGACCUGGCCCCAGGGGUGGACCAAACGGCCCCGAGCCACAGCGAGGGCCCAUGCGCCCUCCUGGGAAUGGUUAUGGAGGACCUCGGCCUGGGCCUGGACCUGGACCUAUUGGCCCCCCGCGAGGACCGCCACAGCCUUACUCUCCUCAGGAUUAUCCAGACCAGCGACGCGGUCCUCCACCGGGCCCAGGAUACGGGCCGCCGAUGGGUGGCUAUCAAGAUGACGGCUUCGGCCCGCCAGGGCGCAGUAUGACGAUGCCCGCGAGAGAUGCAGGGGAAAUGGGCAACCCAGGAUUUCCCCCGCGACGCGAUAGCGCCCCAUACAGCGGUCCCAUUGGCCGGGGGAUGCCGCCGCGCCCGAAUACUGCCCAAGCCAUGCGCUCUCCGCCGAGAGCAUAUCCACCUAACAACGGCCCCCCACCACAGGAGCCGUAUAGAGAGCCAGGAUAUGGGCCAGCGCCUGACUCGGGAUACGCAACCCAGCAACGGCCUGCUUCGUUCGAUGAUUUCUACGACUACUACGAUGCUCGGGACAGCGUCGAGUACCCUCCACAGAAUCCACCCCCAGCUCAGUUGGCCGAGCCCCCGAGCUUUAAUGGCAUACCUCCUCAGAGGCCGGGAAACUCGAUGGACCCUCAAAUGCCGCAGCCUGGCUUUCAGGAACAGGCUCAGCGUGGACCUGGCAGAGUACCCGAGCUAAGCAAGACAAAAUCUCAGCCAGACUUGCGCAAUUCGCAGACGGUAAUCUUCGAGAUGGCCGGCGAUAUCCCCCCGCUACCGACUCCAAACCAGUUUUCUCAACAGCCCAACCCCCCCGGGCCCAUGCCCAACGGCCAACAGGGCUUCCAGCGGCAGCCACCGCAGGGGCAAAUCGGACCACUACCCGGGCCCGGCCUACCUUCCAAUCCAAACUCAUAUAAAAGCCCCGCGCCACUUGCAACACCUCCAGCCCCCUCCAACCCCGACGCUCUGCCGUCACACCCCACACCAGUCCGCCCAGGCCUCAUGCCGGGUUCCAUCGUCAACCUCUCCGACCGGCCCCCUCCCGUGAGGAACUAUAGUGGUGGUAUGACGGGCGGCCCAGCCCCGCCCGUAGGGGUUAAUAUGUCUGGGCCCCCGCCUCCUCAGGCAGCCCAAAGCCCAGCGCCUACGAAGCCGGUCGAAGCCCCGGUCACAGUCGAAGAGCUGGAGCACCUGCGCGGUGUUAUCAAGCAAGAUCCCAACGAUCAAGUCUCGGCGCUUCGUCUUGCAAAGAGACUUAUCGAGGCAUCUGACGUUCUAGUGCCCAAUGUUCCGGACCCCAAGGCGCGUGCGCGGUCCCGCGAACGGUACAUAAUUGAUGCGCACAAGAUUCUCCGGAAGCUCGAGAAGGCCAGCAACCCGGAUGCCAUGUUUUUCAUGGCUGACUGCAUGGGCCGCGGCAUGUUCAACUCGGAGCCGGAUAAUGCGCAUGCAUUCUCACUCUACCAGUCAGCUGCAAAGCUGGGGCACGCAGCGGCUGCCUACCGCACUGCAGUGUGCUGCGAGAUCGGCAACGACGAUGGCGGCGGCACACGUAAAGAUCCGCUAAAGGCGAUCCAGUGGUACAAGCGGGCCGCAACCCUCGGCGACACUCCUGCCAUGUACAAGGUCGGCAUGAUUCUGCUCAAGGGCCAUUUGGGCCAGCCGAAAAAUCCGCGUGAGGCCGUUGGCUGGCUGAAACGCGCCGCGGACCGAGCCGACAGCGAGAACCCACACGCGCUCCACGAGCUCGCCCUUCUAUACGAGAGUGCGCAGCCGAACGACGUGAUCCUGCGCGACGAGCCCUACGCGCUUGAGCUUUUCAAGAAAGCCGGCGACCUCGGCUACAAAUUCAGUCAGUUCCGCCUCGGCUGUGCGUACGAGUACGGCUUGAUGGGCUGUCCUAUCGACCCACGGCUGUCCAUAAUGUGGUACAGCCGCGCGGCGACACAGGAAGAGCACCAGAGCGAGCUGGCCUUGUCUGGCUGGUACCUGACUGGCAGUGACGGCGUGCUCGCGCAAAACGACACCGAGGCGUACCUGUGGGCAAGGAAAGCGGCCACGGCAGGGUUGGCCAAAGCGGAAUAUGCGAUGGGCUACUUCACCGAAGUUGGCAUUGGCGUACCGGCGAACCUGGAGGACGCAAAGAGGUGGUAUUGGCGCGCUGCUUCCAAGGACUUUCCUAGGGCCCGCGAGCGCCUUGAAGACCUCAAGCGCUCCGGCAAGAACGGUCCGCGCGCGCGAGAGCGCAUUUCCCGCAGCAAAAUCGACAAGCAGCAGGAGGGCGAGUGCUCUAUAAUGUGA